UCAUGUUCCACUGAUGUCUCUAUAUUUAUCGCAUUAUAAUAAAUCGAUUUGUCUACAAGUGGUCGAUAAUUCUGGCGACGAUGCUUAUCAAUCAUUUCUUCAAGUCCAACGCGUGUUUCAGUUAUGAAGCCCUGCGGGCCGCAGGAUACAGUAAUUAUGGUGGAGCAGACCUCGGAGAGGUGAUAGCUAUCAUCUCCAAAAUCCGAGCUGGAAACGAAGAUGACUGGCUAGUUGAAUGGAAAAAGGCAGCCGACCGAGCAUUUUCCAGCGCUGAGCAAUCAGCAACGGUGAACAACACAGUCAGUGCCUAUGAGGGAUAUCUGCGGGCCUCGAAUUACUAUAGGACCGCUGAGUUUUUCCGUCGCGAUAACUAUGACGACGACGAAAUGGCACAGCUCGUAUAUGAAAGAUCGGAGACGGCUUUUGAGGAGGCGAUGAAGCUGUCUGUAUAUGCCUACGAAUCGAUCAAGAUUCCCUACCAGGGGACAACACUCCCUGGAUACUUUGUUAGCUCACCUGGCACGGCCAACCCACGGCGCACCAUUAUUUUUAAUGGCGGCUAUGAUUCAACUGCAAGCGAAGCCUGGUUUGCGAUUGGGGCUGCAGCCCUAGCAAGAGGAUACAACUUUCUCGCCUUCGAUGGCCCUGGUCAAGGUGCAGCUGUACGACGACAGCACCUCUACUUCCGGCCCGACUGGGAGAACGUACUGACUCCUGUGGUUGACUUCGCCUUGACUCUCAAGGAAGUCGAUCCCAAUGCCAUAGCAAUCUUCGGCUGGAGUAUGGGCGGAUACCUUGUGGCACGAGGAGCCACGCAGGAACAUCGAGCCAAGGCCAUCAUCCUGGACGAUGGAGUGUACGACUUCGGGUCUGCAUUUCGGGCCAACCAGCCAUCCUUUGUGCAAAGGCUAGUCCAAAACGAAUAUGAUGGAGUAUCCAAUUUUAUUUUUAGCUGUGCACAAUCUCUAGACACGGGUGUUCGGUGGGCCUUGCGCAACGGUAAAUGGACUUUCGGGGUGGCGUCAGAGGCGGAAUUGAUGCGCACAGUCAAUCUCUACACACUAGAAGGCCUAGCUCCGAAUAUUGUGAGUCCUUGUCUGGUCCUUGACGCAGAAAAUGAUCACUUCCUUAAGGGUCAGCCCGAGUUGCUUUGCAAUCAUUUGAAAUGCGAGUACGAGUUCGUCAGCUUAGGAGCUGAUGAAGGUGGCGACGCACAUUGCCAUCAAGGUGCCUUCUUUAGGUUGCACCAAGUUAUCUUCGAUUUUCUGGAAAGGCGCCUGGCGUGACAACAUACACGGUUGACUUAUCGGUGCACUUGUAUAUACUUUGGGUCGUACUUGAGAUCGUCUGUCUCGGGCGUUCUAUGAGAGACUCAUUCUGGCCUUUCUAAAGACACGUUGGAGAUAGAUUGGAUAAUCCCCUCUUUUAAUUCACGUAGUAUUAUCCAAUGGUGUUCUUUCAAUUCCUAGCAAAAUUC